UGUCCCUCCCACCUUUACAACGGGGCAGCAUUUUAUGUUUCACGUCACUAACAUCGGCACCAGUGUGUUCUACGAUCUUCUAUGCGUGAGUUUCGUCGAGCGUCUCAGUACUACUCAGUAGGCCUGUCGUCGUUGACCGAUCAGACAGGAUAGAAGUCCGUUUACCCUAAAAAGAAUUACCAAUGAAUUAAUAUCGAUUCGGUCGUGUCAGCAAUAAUGGCAGAGUACAAGAAGCAGACUGUUCAUAUCUUGAACAACUCUGAGUUGAAAGAAUGGAUACCUGACAAGAAUAAACGUCGUCUUAGGCUGCAGGUCAAGUUGAAGGGUGAUCUGCGGAGGCUGGGACUGUCAAAGCGGGCGACGCGGAAGGGGCUGAUACAACUAGGGAGCAAAUCAUAUGUGGUUCUUAAACGACUGCCAGUUUCCCACUUCCGGAAGCUGCAAUCAUCGCAUAGCAGUAAUCAAAAUUCUCUGUUCCGCAAGGAGAAAUCGGAAAAUAAGCACCGAAAUGAUGCCGAGGGGCAAGGAGUGGAGAAUUUGCGCGAUAUUCCUCAACAGUUUGAUACACAAGUUCCAAGCGCUGCUGUUGCAACCGUGCCAAUCAAUGCAUUGGAUGCUAAUGAAACUUGUCAGAGUAAAACCCAAGUAUAUAAUUUAUUCGAAACAGAAUUGUUAGAUGGCACUGUACAAGAUUUUACUUCAAAACUAACGAGAAAGGAUUCUCACAUCGAUGUCACAUCAACGAAUUAUGAAGAUAUUUCUACAGAAAGAUCGGAUAUUAAUGCAGCACCUGGCUCUUUCUCGUCGGAAGAUGAAUCGCUGAGGAAAUAUACACAGAAUUUUGUUGAAGGGGCAGGUGCAUCCGUUAAUCAAAAAUAUCUUCCGUCGAGAAAUGAAUCAUCAGAUACAGCCGUGCCGAUUCGAUUAAAGAAGCAUCAUUCCGACUCUGGAAGAAGCGUCGCUCCCACGGAAGAUAAUGAUGUUUUUGCAAGAAAACAUAACGGAAAGAAAAAACAUAAAACAGAACAACAGCAGAAAUUGUCCUCAGUAAAAGCCAUAUUAACAGAUACACUACAAAAAUGCUCCAAUGAAUCUAGAAAUAAUGUCCUUCCUAAAAGCAAUGUCAGUUCGUCAGGUGAUACAAUAAUUUCAGAAUCCAAUCUAGAAACUGAUAAAUUAAUAGAUGAGAAUGAAGAUGCUUUUACCCUAAAAGAGCAUACACAGACUCAUGUUAAUUCAGCGUUAGUUGAACAUAUCGACAAACUGUUGGGUCAAACAUCCGAAAAGAAAAAUGUUAAUCAAAUAGAAAUAAAUACAGAAUCUAAAAGUCCACAAACUGAUAGUCCUAUCGAAAUAAAUUCCGAGGCAAUAAUUAAAAGGAAAUUAGGUUCCUGCAGUUUAGAUCAAACUGGGUCGCCGAUAAAGAUACGAAAGGGGAAUAAAGUAAAAAUGUCAAGUGAGGACAAAAUAAUGACUGAUAAUAAUAUCGAAAAGUCUGACAACGAAAUACUAUCUGACAAUGAAUCAGCCCGCACAAAGCAAAAAAUUUGGAGGAAUAUUACACAGCAUAUAAGAAAAAGAGAAAGGUAUAAAUUGCUGAAGCAAAAAAGAGAACGGCACCAAGAAAGCUGGUAUACGAAGGUCAAAAGUAUACGAGACAAAAUGCACGAAUACUUUAGAGGCCCUUUUGAUCCCGACACAAGUGAAAGUGAUGAGGAACAUGAAAUUGUGUGUAAUUAUCUAAAAAGAAGGAGACUACAGUCUGGUGAUCCAUUGUAUGAUGAGACAACAAAAGAAGCAAAAGAUAUUUUUAAAGAAGACAAAAAGUCACAUGAUAUUUCAGCUGAUAACUUGCAGAAAGGUAUAGAGAGCGCAACAUCAACUAAAAUGAAGUUCGAUAAUUUACGUAAUUCUGUAUCCAUCGAAAAACAUGUUAUUUAUAAUACUACAACAGAUGAGGAGACGGAAGAUGAAGUAUCGGUACGCAAACACUGUAUGCCUGAUAAUUCGCAGGAGAGUAUAAAGAACAUAAACUUUGGUAAUUCGGAUUCUACGGAUUCUGCAUGUACUGAAAAGUAUUCUUGGCACGAUGUUACAGACGAGAAGACAAAAGAUGAUGCAUCGACAUGUGCACAUGAUACGUCACCUGACAAUUUGCAAGAAAACGUCGAAAAAACAAUACCGGUUGAAGUAACAUUCGAUAAUUCCUGCGAUUCGAUCGUAAAUACUGAAAAAUCUGUUAUGUACAAUGCUAUAGACGACGAAAAAGUAAAAAAUAAAACAUUAAUAUGUGGUACAUCUGUUAAUAGUUCGCAGGAAAAUAUAAAUUAUGCAAUAUCGGCUAAAGUAAAUUCUAAGAAUUCCUGCGAUUCCAUUGCAAACACGGAAGAAUGUUAUGCUACGUCUGAUAUUAUAACAGACAAAAAGGUAGAAGAUAGAGUAUCAUUAUGUAAAUAUAACGCAUUAGCAAAUAAUUUGCAAGAAAAUGUAAACAGUGACGUCCUGGCAAGGAAACAGCACGUAGAGAAUUUUUCGUCAAUCGUCGAUACAGACAACUGUAGCAAAAGUGAUGGACAUGCGGAAACCAGCAAAAAUAUUAUACCGUCCACGAUUGAAAUGGAUUUAGAUCAAAAUAUGAGUAUAGAGAAUAUACAUUCAAAUGACAAUUUAAAGAAAAAAGUAGAUAAUACUUCUGCUAAAAUAGAUAAAAAAAAUAUUAUUCUUACAAGAUGGCAAGGGGAUCAAGAAGUGUGCAAUGCCCAAAAUGUUGAUUUAGCACAAUGCAAAAGUACACAAAACUGUGCAACAUCAAUUUGGAAAUUAACAAUUAUGUCUGCACAUGAGUCAACAUGGCAUGAGGUUGACGAAAACGAUAUCCGUGACACAUCACAAACUGUCAGCAAUUUAUUAUUCACAAGUAACAAUAACAUUGUAAGGGAUGAAAAGACAGUUGAUCAGUUUUCAAUGAUACUAUCGACGUUAAAAGAAAAUUCUUUGAAAAAAAAGCAUGAUGAAUCUCUUUCUGUACAAACGAAAAAUUCAUCUUUAAGCAAUUUAAAUUGUCGCGAUAAUAAUGACUUACUGCAGAACAGUAAUUCAAAAGAUGACAGUAGCGAUAUUGAAGUAGAAAUAAAAAUUACAUCCAAAUUGAAAUCUCAAAUGUCACGGAAAUAUUCACUAAAAGCACCUUCGUCUGCAGUAAACACGUGCAUUAAAGACUUACACAAACUUCAAGAUAAUCCAAAUGUUCUUGAUGAACUUUUGAAGAUGGAUAAAACAUCUGAAAGGUACAAGUGCAAAUCUACAAGUAGAAAUGUCGAAAAUGAUACAUUGUUAGAUGAUAAUGAAAAUGUUCCUGUCGAAACUGAAGGUUGUGAUAUAACAUGUGAUUCUAGUUCUACUGCUAAAGAUAAUGUAAAUGGAUCUCCACAACAACGAAACCUUCAAGAUGAUCUAAUUUUAGAUAAAAAUAGCAAUGCGAUGGAUCAUAGUCAAAAAGGAAGAGAUGAACUUUCGGAAUCUGUCGAUCCAAUAACAACUGAAGAUAGUUCUGAAUCAAAUAAACUUGCGUGUGAUAAAUCCAAUUUGGCGGAAGCUUCCACGGAUGACAAAAGAAAGACUAACGAAGAACAAAAUUCUAAUAAUAGAACUUUAGAGAAAGUUGGAAGUGUGGCAGAGCAUAGUCGGGAAAAAGAAAAUCAUGGCGUAUCGUCUAUUGCACAAAAGAAAAUACAGAUGGCGACUGAAAAUAGUUCUGAAAAAACAGCUAAAGCUGCAUACAACGGUCCUAAUAUAGAAGAACCACGUACUUCCGCGAAUGCGACACACAGUAUACGAGUUCGAUCUUUUGAGGAACUUAGUUCUCGAAUAAUCGAAAAAUCUACGAAUCUCAAUGUAUCGGUUCCAUCAAAAAGUACACGUUCAGAAUUCUGUCAAUUAGAAUCUUUUCAAUCAGUAUCUCCUCAAUUAGCAUCUCCUCAAUCAGUACCUCUUCAAUCAACACCCCUUCAGUCAGCACCUCUUCAACUAACACAGCCUCAAUUAAAGCAUUCUCAACCAAUAUAUCAAUCAGUACCUUCUCAAUUAAUAUCUCAAUCAACACGUCCUCAAUUAGUAGCUCUUCAAUCAGGAUCUACUCAAUCAGUACCUGUUCAGUUAGUACCUUUUCAACCAAUACGUCCUCAAUUAGCACCUCCUCAAUCAGGACUUUCUCGAUCAGCACCUCUUCAGUCAGCACCUCAACCAACACAUCCUCAAUUAGUAUCUUCUCAAUUAACACCUCAAUCAGUACCCAUACGGCUGCCAACAUUUGCUGCCAACACUGCUGUUAGACAUAUGCAUUAUUCAUCCAGGACAAAUGCACCGAUUACACCAGUGACACUCAGUGAGAGUAAUACUGCAAUUAUUAAUGAUAGUAUCAAGUUACGUAUACUUACUGCAGUGAAAAAUAUCUGCGCUGACAUCGAAUAUUGCCGCAGCCUUCGUCAAUAUAAGCACGUUAAAAACGUUCCACCAGAAUGCUUACAAAAAAUGUAUGUGAAUAUAAGGCAAAUAUAUCAAUGCUUGACAAAUUUGAUGCAAUGGUUACACAUGGGCAAUGUUGAGCACGUUCUAAAUUAUGUUAAUCAAUAUAAUUUUUUAAACCAGCCAAUAACAUCAGCGGAAAUUAACAAUUAUGUUGCACUUCUACAAACGUAUAAGUUUGGUAUCACGCAAGAGCAAAACAGUGCAAAAUCUAAUGUUUCGCUACAUUCAAACAUUGGCCAAUCAGUUCCGAAUGUAUCAAUGCCAAGCGUCAACGCGCAACCAUUGUCAAGAGGUGCUCCAUUUCAAGACGCAAUAAUGCCAAAUUAUGGCAAUUUCACACAAUCUUCGACAAUCCCACGUCCGGUGGCAAUAAUCCCAAAUGUCAACCAACAGCAAUUGUUUGGCAAUUCAGUUAAUUCUCAACAAGCACCACAUUUCAGACAACCUAUGCCAAAUAUUCGCCAACAAUAUAAUACGUCUUACGCAUCUGCAGCACACCCACGUAUGCCAAAUGUCAAUCAACAACAAUUUUUAAAAAAUGCGAGUCAUCCGUUACAAGGCCAAUAUGUACAAUUGGCAAAUGUGUUGAAUGGUGGUAUUCAACAGGUUUCUGUAAACACUUGUAACGUUUCACCAUCGAAUACUAACUUGGUUAGUGUAAAUCAAAGGAAUACAAACGUAUCUCCUGCAACCAACACGAGACAAUCACACGCGACUUUAAGAAAUACAACUAAUAAUAUUACUACUGCUAGGUUCACUGCUAAUGCGCAACAGCAGAAACCAAUGUAUUUCCAGAAGUUGCAAGCAAACUCAGAAAUAACAAUUCGCGCCGUGCCAGCCACGGCAAAUAAAAAUAUUUCUCCUGGAAUACACCAAAAUAGUGUCAUGUCUGGAUUUUCCAUGGCAAAUUCUAAUACUCAAAGGCCUGGCGAUGCAAUGGGAAAUGCUGAACGUGGAAGUGCAAAUCAACGGCAAAUGAGCUAUAACCAGCAAGUCUCUCAAUCAUCCACAGAAAAAGCGCAAUAUACUCGUUACCUGAAUCCAAAUGAAAUUUAUCCAGUUGUACCGCAACUCAUGCAGUGCAACGUGCAGAAACAUUCCCUUCAGAAUACCCAGCCAGAUCAAACUGUGCAACAGACGUUGCAGCAGAAUUUGCAAGAAAGCCAGCACUUGAUACAACCUAAAGAUAGAUCUGUAUGUAUAAUCGACCUAACGACUGACAAUGUGUCACAAAAUAUGGCACAAAACAUGUCACAAAAUAAACCAAAUAAAAAAGCCAAGUUUUCCGAGUUACAAUAUGUACAACAGAAGACAUCAUCUACGAAUCCCCAACAAGAUGCAUGUCGAGAGACCUUAAGUGUAUCACCUCGUGAUAUAUCGCAUAAUAUAUCUGGUACUGCUCCGAGAACUUUUACGUCGCAGAAUGCAAAUGUUUCACAAAAUACGGUGUCUGAAAUAUCCUCACAAAAAAAUUACUCAGUAUUAUUAAGUUUGUUAAACUCCACACUCUAUAGUUUUAAUCUGGCAAUUCUAACGGACAUCCAGAAAAUCCUAUUGCGUAAUCAACUAAGGUUGUAUUUUAGUAUGAACCAACAGAGAUAUGGGCUUAGUGAGCGGGAAUCUAAACAACUGCAUCAUGAGAGAAGUGUAUUGCGUUGCUUGUAUCAGAAUUUAUGUAAUUACAUAAAUAACAUGAUAAAACAGUCACAGAGUACUGAGAAAUCAUCGGAGAGCGUCAGAGAAGAUUUACAAGGUACUACCUCACAAAACAAAUCAGUAUUACAAGAGAACAUGAUCCAGCAGACAUCCGUAGGCAAGUUAACGAAGACUCAGACUAGUCAAAAUAAUGAGAUUAACUCGGAGUGUAAUACGAAUUCACCUAUGGUGGUAGAGAGGAAUUUAGAAGCGCCAAAUAAGGAGGUGUUCUUUACAUCGGAGCUUAUAACAGUCUCUGAAAGUUCUGUCACCAGAACUAAGGAACCACUUACAAAAGACACAAGAUUACAAGAGCAAAGUAAUGAUGCACUAAAGAAAAAAUUCCAGAAAAGUUUAUUGCUCGAAAAACGUCCUAACAACACGAAAGUUUUAUCGCCAAGACAUUCAAGGACACUGGAAGAGAACUCAAUCAUAGAUGUGCCUGCCAAGAAC